GUGUGUACAUUUUGCUUUCUGCCCCGUGCCCAGGGGAGGGCUGUUUUUGCCCCCGUCCGGUGCUAUGGGGGGUAAUGGGAGUAGUCACGGCAACAGGAAGGUCUCCUUCGAGCUGGAUGAACAGGAACGAGUGCGGGUGCUACAGGGCAUCAGGCUUUCUGAAGAUGUAGUGAACCGAAUGAAAGAACCUGGACAGCCUAAAAGGGAUCAGAGCUCACCAGCCUUGUCUUCUUCACCCUUGUCACAAACUGCAGAAGGGAAAUCUAAGGUGUCUACAGGAAUCUGUCCACCAACAGCAGGAAGUUUGGGUCGAAAGCCCUCUGAGGCAGAGGAGGAUCUGUACAAGAGGUAUGAACAACAGCAGGCAAUGGUGCAAGAUGAGCUGCUCCGACUGGCCAAAAGGGAGCGGGAGGCAGUCAGUGAGAGUCUGAAUACAGCUCUCCAGCAGGAGAGGAAUAGCAUCAUGGAAGAGAAGCAGAAAGCAGCCCAGCUGCCUGCUGAUUUGGAUGCCUGGUCACAAGAGUUGCAACGGAAGGAUGAAGAGCAGAAGCGAAGAGAAAACUUCUAUAAGGAACAAUUGGCCCAUAUUGAGAAGAAGAAUACUGAAAUCUACAAGAUGACUUUGGAUCAGUACAAUGAGGCAGUCACCAAUGCAGAAGAUAAGAUCAGGCGAAGAAACACUCAACCUAUAUGUGCAAACCUACAGGAAGCAAUCCUGACUUGCUACAAUGAAAACAGGCACCAAGUCCUCAAUUGCUCAGAGCUGGUCAAGGAGUAUCAACGCUGUGUUAGGUUAGCACAAAAGGAAUUGUUGGUCCACUUCGAUUAAAGGCCACCUGCCAGCAAAGUGCAGAACAUAUGGGACCACAGACGUUCUCAGAGUCCCAGCAUUCUCUUGGAUUCAUGCUGAUGCAAAUGAGUGCCUUUUACCUUAGUGGUUCACAAAAGCACCAUGAAUCCAUAUCCAGAUGCCUAUAUGGACCAGUAUGAAUGGAUGGAUUUGGAUAUGAGGGAGAGUAAUGCUGAGCAAUGCUGGGGAACUGAUGCUCUGCAAAACAUAUGUUGCCACCAUCAUUAUUGUUCUUUCACUGAGGGAAGAAUCCCCAUACACAUAUCUUGUUUCUAAUAAGCAUUCAAGUCAGGAUCCUUCAUUGAGAAAUAAAAUUGACCCCUGUUUGUCUUCACUGUUACUCAACGUAUGCACCGGGAGAUGUUGCCUUUGUCCUUGUUCUUUGGAAUAAGGCAUCUGAGAAGUAUGAAGAAAUACCAGAAUCCCACUUGUUUAGAGUCAAUACUAAAACUAGCGAGUGCUUGUGUGUGGAUGUGUUUGACACAGACUGAGUCUCCCCUCCCUUCCCCUCCCCUCCCCCUAAAAACAAUAAAGAAUGUUUUGUGGUUA